AUGUUCAGCAACAGCAAGAUCUUCACCGUGUGCGUCGUCGCCGCCGUCGCCAUCUCAAGCGGAGUGAGCGCGGAGAAGGAGGUGGCCGAGACCUUCUUCUCUGGACCGGAGGGCGUCGGCGUUGGCAUUCCCGGCGUCGCGACCGUCGGAGUGGGCGGUACGGGCGCCUACGGGCCUGGUGUCGUCAGCCCUGGUGUGAGCGUUGGCGUGCCUGGAGUUGUCGGUGUUGGCGCCCCCGGUGUCGUCGGCUACAACGGCGUGAACGUGGGCGCCCCCACCACCGUGGUCAACAAUGGCUACCCGGCCCAGCCUUCCAACGGCGGUGCGACGGCAAGCGCGACGGCGACGGCGAACGCGAACCGCAAGCUCCGCUCGGAAUGA